UGAAUUGUCGAGAAAGCUCAUCCAAUUGGAGCUGCAUACUCUGAAUUCUCAGUAAAAAUAUAAAAAUCUGGUCUCUACAUAUAACAUAUCAUAGUUAAUAAUUUGAUAAUUCAUAAAUAAAUAUAUUUAAACCUUUAUUACUUAUGAAAAUUAUUGAUGCUUUUAUAAUAUUACAAUAUUAUAAUCAAUAACUUUACCAUGGAAACUGAUAUAACGUGCUUAGUGUUUACCCAUAGGUUUCCUUUUUUUUCUUCUUCUAAUUUAAGUUUUCUUUUGAUAUAAUCUUUUUAAACUUUAAUCGAUUUUAUAUGGCUUUUUAUAAAUAAAUCUACAACAAUGGGAGAAAAAAUAGUACCACUGGAGAUGAAUUUAGUACGCUACAGUAAUCCAGUAGCAGUCACAGAACGCGAAGAAAAAUUGACAAAUAAGAAACUUGAUGGAAAAGAUGGUCUAAUAUCAAAUGAAAAAAUUAAAGAAUGUGAUGAAAUUUUAAAUUGUAUUCUACCACCAAGAGAAUGGGAAGAAAAUGGAAAACAGUGGAGACAAAAAGUUUCAAAUCAACCAGCUACUAGAAUGGAUGUAAUCAAGUUGACAGAAAUGUUAGAUAUGAGUUUGCAACAUUUGCAGGCACGAGAAACGGGUAUUUGUCCAAUUAGAAGAGCUCUCUAUUCUCAGUGUUUUGAUGAAAUAAUCCGCCAGGUCACUAUUAAUUGUGCAGAACGAGGACUUUUGUUACUGAAAGUCCGUGAUGAACUUAAAAUGACAAUGGAUGCUUACCGUUCAUUAUAUGAAAGUAGUAUAGCUUUUGGUAUAAGGAAGUCAUUGUCUGCAGAACAUAAUAAGCUAGACAUGCAAGACCGAUUAACUGAAUUGGAAGUGGAAAAACAGAAAAUCAAGGAUGACUUAGCAACAGCAAUUGCAAAAUAUGAAAUGGCUCAAAGACAAGGAACUGAACAACGUAUAGCUGAACAACAAAGACACAAUGAAGAGAUAAAUUUUCUUAAAAGAUCCAACCAACAGUUAAAAGCUCAGCUUGAAGGAAUUAUAGCGCCAAAGAAAUAGAGCCAAUUAGCAACCUAAAUAAAAUAUGUGUAGUUUUAUGGUUAUUAGUGAGAUUACGUUGAAACUAUUCAAAAUUUCUCAAUUAUGGUAUUUAAUAAUUGUUGGUAGUGUGCUACAUUUUAUCUUACAAACCUAAGUUUUGUACAUAUUAUAAUAAAGAUAUAUAUAAAAUAUAAGAUUAAGGUUUAUAUAUUAUUAUAGUUAGAGAUUAUAUGAUUUACUAUGUAUAGUCAGUUAAAGCCUUAAA